GAAGUCCAAAAUAAUUUGUUACACUGCACGCUACUUAUUCACACCUAUUUUCACACAAACCCACGCAAAUUCAACGUGUUUUCAUUUGCAGAGACUCAGUCUCGAACGAAAUGUAGUGUUCUUAGUUUAACGGUGAAAAGUGAAAACUUUGCUGGGUCCACAAACAAACUAUUACUGUGUUACUAUCACCAUAAAACCACAAUCCACUUAUUUGUUCUUAUCCAGCAAAGCUUUACUUAUGUGUUUUGUGAAUAUUUAUGAUAACUAUUAUACCUAUGGAAUCUAAAUUGUCGCCAGAUAAAGAGAAAAAGGAAAAUUCACAAGAGCUAAAACACGAAUACCAAUGGGACGACUUACGGAGAGAUCGUGAAUUGGGACAUUACCCCUGGACACAUCUUCUAAAACCUCCCUUAGAAGGCGAAAUUACCGCAGAGGAUAUUAUAAGAGAAACAACACCUCGAAGAAGUAUGUCCCGUGAGUUCUCACGUUCUCGGACCCAUUCCCCCGUAGAUGGAGGUGGACAGAAGAUACUUAACCUUGACUCUUCGCCUGGAAGCAGCCGUAAACACGGCGAAGAAGGGGAAGAUGAAGGCGUUCACAUACCAAAUUUCUCAAAAGAAGUAUCCUUAGAUUCUGAGGAUGACGCUGCCAAUCAAGCAAUGAAUGCUUUCAUUUGUAGACAGUCGGAGAGUCCAUCAAAUUCCCAUUUAGAAGCACCAAUCAGUACGCCUAAAAAUGUCUCACCAAAAGGUAUUUUGAAACGAAGAGUGCCAGACUCAUAUAUUGGGGUUACAGAAACCAGGGAAAAAACAAAAUGCUGUCAUCCGUUAGUAAACAAAAUUAAACAUUUAGCUGAUAAAACUCUGAACAAACUUGAGAAGAAUGAAGGUGAAAAGUCUCCAUUGCCUAAGCGUAAAAAACACAAAGAAGGACAGGAAAUAAGGCAAUUAAAAUCUUCUCCAGGAGCAGUGCGUAGACAAAAGUUUAGCGCAAUUAAACUUGGUGAUUCAGACGAAAUGAGUAAAACAAUGAGUGUCGAUACCCCUCCCCCGAGAAAAAAGAAAGAACAUAUAUACGAGGACAUAGAAGAAUCAAAAAGUCAAGAUCGAGACAAAUCACUUCAUUUUUCUCCCGAUGUAGAAAAAGAACGUGAAAGUAACAGUAAGGAAAAUGAGAGCUUUUUAGAAAGAAAGUCUUUAGCUUCACAAGACCCUAGUUUAGUAAUGGAGGAUGAAGCUUCCUUGAAAUCAGAUGAACAUGUAAUGGAAAAAUUGCAUAAAAUAAGAGAUUCCAAUAAGGAAGCUGUCAUUUUAGAUGAAGAAAUGGACCCAGACGAGCCCAAUGUUGAUGAAAUAUUUCAAAAUCAGUUAGAUGAGACAAGACCAAAAAACGAUUCACCGAACAUCACCAUUACAGAAAUUUUUGACGAUGAUGUAUUAGAAUCAAGUCACGAACAAGCUCCAGUGCCCAUUGAAUCUUCUCCUACACUGAGCCCGCAAACAAAACUGCAUAAAAAAAAUGGCGUUGAAAUUUCUGAGAAGGAAUGGUCUAAAACUUCCAGUGAUCACGAAUAUGAAAUCAUCGAAAAACCGCCCCCGAAUAUUGUAUUUAUGCCGCCCGACGCUGAAACGAAAAAUACUUUGAUGAAAACUGAUGAUGAAUUGUCUAGUACAACAUCUUUGGAACGUAAAUAUUUACAACACCCUUCAGACGAAGAAGAACAACACGACGAUAAAGAAAAUGAAGGCAUUUUAAACGCUGAAUUACUCCAAAAGGAUAUUGAAGAAAGGUACUUUGUUAAUACGCCAUCCACGAUGUCACGAACAGAAUGUGAAAUAAGUACAAGUCAAGUGGAUUCUUCCGCUUUAGAAAAUUUACCUUUAAAACGUGACAGUCGCCAAAAUGCUGACGGGAUUGAUGUAAAAAUUCAACAACGUAUAAAGGAGGGUGCUGGAAAACUGAAAUCGCAGGCCGGUAAAUUAAAAACAAAAUUGCAAAGUAUGAAAAUGCCAGAAAAACCAAAAAUGAACAUGCCUGAACGUCCAAAAUUUAAAAUGCCCGAGCGCCCAAAGUUUACAUUACCUGAUAGACCCAAGUUUACUAUGCCUGAUAAAAGGAAAUUUAGCCUUCCGGACCGGCCAAAGUUCAAGAAGAUCAAUUUGUCUGAAAAAUUAUCCUUCGGAGAUAAAAAGAAGUUUACUCUACCGGAAAGACCAAAAUUCAGCGUUCCUGAUUUCGCUAAAUUUAAAAUGCCCGACAAAACCAAAAUUAAUUUCCCAAGUUUAGGGAGAAAAAGUCUAAGCCAGAAGGAUCGACAACUGGUUCAACUCCAGAUGAGAAAUUCACCUCCAGUUGAAUUCGAGACUAAAACAUACCCUAGGUUAUUUAACAGGAAAAAUAAAAAGAACUUACCUAAAACUUCCUCAUCUCCUAAUUUAGAUAGAGAGGAAACUCCACCUGCUACUUUUACAUUUACUCGAAUGAAAAAACAACCAACACAAAUGGCAUCUUAUAUCCCAGACAGUCCUAGUGAACCACGAGAAUAUGGCACUACUGACAGUUUGGAUGCAGAUGUGUAUGAGAGGCGACAGUUUGAAACCACAUACGACUUUGACAAAUUAGAUUCUCAAUAUAUUCAAGAUGAAGGGCAACUAUCACACUUAAACGAAACUGACGCAGGAUUGUCAACAGAACAACAUUCACCGAUAAAAGAAGAAUACUCUCAUGUUAUAAACGAAAUAAACAACGACGAAUUUUUCGUACGACCGCGAGGGAUAUCUCGCGAAAAUAUUCAAGUAAGAGAAUACUUGAGUGACGAAAUACGACAAGCUUUCAAAAUUCCAAAAAAUGCGCUAGCUUUGAUGGGAAGUAAUUCCGGCGUUAACAACGAAAAUAUGUAUGCCAAUGAACCAGAAGCUGACCCGGAGCUUAUGCUAGAUGACGACAUGCGCUAUUCGACGGAGGACUUAAACGAUAGAGACGACGGUUAUUAUACGUUCCCACCUGUACGCCCGUCACGAGCUAAAAGAAAGAAAAAAGAAGAAGACAUCGCUACAGUUCAGUAUAUUGACGAGCACAUGACAAGUGACAUGCAAUUCAGUGAAGUUGACUUAGGUCUUACUGAUAAUCCUGAACAUUUAAAUAACAAUACGCAAGAAAAUGUGCCGGUUGAAAUGGACACUCAACAUAACUUCAGUCCUUCUAAUGAGUUACGUUCUAUUCACGAAUAUGCCAACGAUGACGUGAUACAAUAUCCAGAGGAUAUACCAGUCCAGUCACAAACUUUGCCAAUGCCACCUCAAAGAAAAAAGAAAUUCGGCAAGCGGGACUUUAGACAUUCAUCGCUGAAUGAUUUUAAAGAUAUUCCAGCAACCGAUUUAUGGGAAGAGUCCCCUGUGCAAAAUGAGGAGAUAAUCGUGUAUAGAACCGAACAUGAAUACGUCGUUCCCCAAACUGCAGAAUGCACUCCAGCUGAUUAUAUCGAAUCCGAUAAGCAUGUUCGUCAUGAAAGUCCAGGUUACGCUACCGUUGAUAAAAGUGCAUACACGCCGGAAAAAGGUAUUCGGCGAUCUCUAAGUAAAACGCCACCUGUGAGGCGUCGUAAAAGUCAUAGUUCGGAGAGGAAAUAUUACACUGUUCAACCAGUAAGUAAAAGCUUACCUGAUCGUCCACCACGAAAAAAAUCCUCAACGAGCCUCAUGACUUUGGACAGCUUUUCUAAGCGUUCAGUAAGCGGUGAUUUGACGCAAUAUGUAGAAAUUGAUGAACCGCAAAUAGAUGAAGUUCACAAAGAUUUAAUAUCAGGUGAAGUUGUGAAUAAAAUGAAAGACAGACCGCUCCCGCCACCGCCAAGGCCACCUAGGGGGCCCAAACGAAGAAAAAGUGAUAAAAAUACUUUUGAAGAUCAGUGUGAUGAUAAUGUUGGAGCAGAAUCGUAUACUCAUGCUGAUAAGAGUAUGAAAAUUGAUGAUGUCGUGGAGAUAGAGGUAUCAACGCAAACUGAUCCCCUUCCAGAUGAUAUAGACUUUGAAUUAGGCAUGGAAGAAAAUUUAGAUUUUUCAGUAUCAAGUUCCCUGAGAGAUAUUGUGAAUGAAGAACCAUACAGAAGUAAAUCGCAUAGCAAAAUAGCUGAAAGUCCUAGAAUUUCGCGGCCUACAUCGAGGUCUGAAAAAUCUUUCAAACUAUCAGACCCGAAAAUUUCUGAAUUAUCAAAAUCAAAUAUAGGCCGCACGUCUCCUACAGUAAUCUUGGUAGAGAGGCGUGUUUCGAGUCCAACAAGGAUAAAUGAAAGGGAAGAAAUGUUAACUGAGGCAUCUCUGACAGUACAACACAUUGACAUCGAUGAAGCCCAUAUACCUGAUGUACCUCCGCUUCCUAGGCCAAAAAGUGUGACGAACAUUAGUCCCGCCGCUCGUAAAACAGUUCUUUCUAGCGAUGAUCAAGCUCUUGAAAGGGUCACUGAAACCAGUAGAGAUGUUCAACUGGAUAACUUAGUAACGCAAAGAUUGCAGGUGAGAGAUUUAGAUGUGGGACGUCUUAAUGUUUCAGAACUACAAGCAAGUAAGAUUUUAGUAUCCGAUAUAGAGGGUAUGACAUUACAAGUAACUGAGUUAGAUUCAAAAUCGGGUCACAUCUCAGUCAGUGGUAUUGAGUUUUCACAAUCUGUAAUUGAUGAAAUUGUUAAAAAAUUUGCCGAAAUUUCAACAAGUGCAAGCGCACCACAAGCAGCCAACGAAUUAACAAGACCUAUGAGCAGAGAGGAACAUACACAAACCGAUCAGUCAACUGGUGACAGGGUAGCAGCAGAAACUAUUUCAACUCUGCAACAUGACCACAGUCAGCCCUCGACUGCUCAAGCUUCGCCGCCACCGCCUCCUCCUAAAUCAUCAAAUGAAGAAGAGGUGACUGCACCACCCCAAAGGCCUCCGCCCCCAGAUCUUACUCCCCUCUUAUAUUCCUAUCUUCAAGAUAUAACAAUGCCUCCAGCCACUUAUUAUCAUAGGCCCACUUCUUUGAGAGACAGACCAUUUACCGAAUUUCACGAUGCUCAACAUCAAUCGCCACCGCCACCAACUCGGCGUGCAAAGCGUAGGCCUGCUGCCCCGCAUUCUGAGUCCAGUUCUGACGAAGCCCUGACACGCCCAUCACCAAGGCGUAUGCCCGCUCCACGACCACACGAACCGACGAUAACUGAAGCGGGAGCCAAUUUUCUACGUGUUUGUCACAACUCCAUUUCGAGAACUAUAAGGAGCAUAUUUAAUUCCUUUGUCUCUUACAUAAGCGGAACUGAAGAUAAGAAGGAUGUGCAAAUGGCGCUAGUAAUUUUUUUGGUAUUGAUUGCUGGUUUGAUAAUGUUCGGUCUUAGCGAUAGCCGCACGAUCCAUCACCACCACUGGGAAUUUUUCAACCCUCCUGAUGGCAAACAAUGAUUACAUAACUGUUUUAUUAUAAAGUCAGCCCAAGAAUACCUAUUACAGACAUAGUAUGAAAAGGGUUUCCUUAAUAUUUUUCCGGAAACGUUCGUAUUUAUUUGUCAUGCUAGUUCAGUCAAUAUCAGUAAUCGUGUACUGAGACUGACUGAAAUAGCAUGACACGUUCGUAUUUUUCCAUAACAAUAGGAAGGCAAUUUUUUUCGCACUAUAUCUGUACGUCCGAAGUGAUACUGUCGAUUUUUCAGAUAUAAAAUUAUAAAUAUGUAUUUGUAUUAUAAUUAAUAAUAACUUAAGUAAAGUCGUAGCAUUUCGUUCAAAUCAGACUUUCCACUACUUACUCGACCGAAUGUUUAUAAGCGUUAUUUAAGUAUUUAUUUUAGUCUUAACGAUUAUUUUAAUUUUGUAUAUCUCACGUCAACAUGAUAUGUAUUACGACUCUGUAGCCUAAAUGUAAUAUAAAUAUGGGAAAUCAAAUAAAACGACUACAACUAAGCGUAUUCAGGCUACCCCCAUUCAGUCAACUAAUCACGCGUUAUUAUCAACUAAAAAGGACGAUUUAAAUAUUUAAUAAGUAUUAUUUGUCUGUGCAACAUUUAACUUAAAAUAAUUUUACUAACUAAGGCAAAUGACACAUGAAAAAAUUUAGGGACCUACUUUUCUUUCCAACUACCUACCUAAUACUUUCUACUCUUGUUAUGACGGUGACACUAAACCGCGGUGAUUAGUCAUGUCUGAGUGUUAUAAAAAAAGUUGAUAAAUUACCUAAUUCAUAGACGUGUAAACCGGGAUACGGUAAAUACGAUACGUAUUACGAUAUAAGUGCGGAAGAGAAGAAAUUCGAAACGAGUGGCGAUAAAUUGAAAUUUGACCGAAGAGAGUAUUUUAAAUCAACACGAUUUGCGAAUUACCUGUUUUCAUGGUCGUGUAUUGUAGUAGUUUCUUCAGAGUUCAGAGGCAAGUAAAAUACUACUUUGCGCACUAUGCGGUAAAGUAGCAUCUACUAGUAUGUACUGUAACAUAUCUAAUUUUUUUUUAUCACAUCACCGUCAGAGACAUUGAAUUACAAUAUUGUUGGUGUUGGAAUAGGUAAUUCAAUUAAAUACAUUAAGUAAUAGUUCUAAAUAUUCGUCUGAGAGUCCACUGUUGUAUAUCGAUGUAAAAUAAAAGUAGUGUGUCAGCUGAUGUUUAUGCAUUUGUAAAGUUCUUUUUUGAUGUGUUUUUGUAAAAAAAAAAAACAAUAAAAAUUACAAAAUUA